AUGAGGCAAAAGCCCCCAUGUACAGAGAAGCUGCCUGCUGAAUCUCUGUAUGGUUUACUGUUCUGGCCUCUUGUCAGCCGUCAACAGGAACUGGUACUGAACAUGGCAACUGUCAUCCAAGAGACUCCUACAUACAGAACACCUUGUUUAAAUUUUGCUGUUGAUGAAGAACUGUCUUUCCUACCUGGAAAACUAAAAGAGAAGCUACUUCCUUUUCAGAAGAAAGGAAUCAUAUUUGCAAUAGAGAAAAAUGGCAGGUGUAUGAUUGCAGAUGAGAUGGGCCUAGGCAAGACUAUCCAGGCCAUAGCGGUAUCUUACCACUACAAAAAUGAAUGGCCUCUGUUAAUAGUGGUGCCCUCAUCUCUGAGGUACCCUUGGGCUGAGGAGAUAGAGAAAUGGAUUCCAGACCUCGGUCCAGAGGAUAUAGUCAUCAUUCAAAAUAAAACUGACACCUGGAGAAUUUCUACAAGCAAAGUCAUCAUAUUAGGUUACGGACUGUUAACUUCAGAUGCACAAAUCUUAGUAGAUACUAUAUCCAAGCAGAACUUCAAAGUAGUGGUGGUUGAUGAGUCUCACUACAUGAAAUCCAGAAAUGCGACUCGUAGCAAGAUUUUGCUACCACUUGUACAGAAUGCUGUUCGGGCCAUUCUCCUUACUGGAACACCUGCUUUAGGAAGACCUGAAGAGCUCUUUAUGCAGCUUGAAGCACUUUGUCCAAGAAAAUUUGGAACAUGGACGGAAUAUGCAAAAAAGUACUGUAAUGCACGUGUCAGGUUCUUUGGUAGAAGACAGCAAUGGGAUUGCAGAGGAGCUUCAAAUUUAGAUGAACUGCACCGUUUACUAAGCAAUAUAAUGAUCAGGCGACUGAAAAAGGAAGUUUUAACUCAGUUACCACCUAAGAUUAGGCAGCGCAUCCCUUUUGAUCUUCCCCAAACUGCCGCUAAGGAAUUAAAUGCUAGUUUUGAAGAGUGGGAGAAAUUAAUGAGGACUGCAGAUUCAGAUUCUACAGAUAAUGACUUUGUCCGGGUGAUGGGUCUCAUUACACGCAUGUUUAAAGAGACUGCUAUUGCCAAGGCAGGAGCAGUAAAGGACUAUAUCAAAAUGCUUCUUGAAAAUGACAAACUCAAAUUUCUAGUUUUUGCACAUCACUUAAGCAUGCUCCAGGCAUGUACAGAGGCAGUGAUAGAAAGCAAGGCACGCUACAUUCGAAUAGAUGGAAGUGUACCUUCAGCAGAAAGAAUAAACCUUGUCAAUCAGUUCCAGAAGGACCCAGAUACUAGGGUGGCCAUUUUGAGCAUUCAGGCUGCUGGUCAGGGUUUAACUUUUACUGCCGCCACUCAUGUUGUUUUUGCUGAGCUGUAUUGGGAUCCUGGACAUAUAAAACAAGCAGAAGACCGAGCACAUCGGAUUGGGCAGUGCAGUUCUGUGAAUAUCCAUUAUCUUGUUGCAAAUGGCACACUGGACCCUCUUAUGUGGGCAAUGUUGAAUCAUAAGGCAGCAGUUACAGGCACCACACUAAAUGGCAGGAAAGAAAAACUGCUGGCUGAAGAAGGCAGUAGAGAGAAAUGGGAUUUCCUGAGUUUUGCUGAAGCCUGGGCUCCUAAUGAAAGUCUGAAUGACAUUAAAAAUGAGGUUUUAUUCACCCAUUUUGAGAAAGAAAAACAGCAUGACAUUCGCACCUUCUUGUCACCAAAACCAAAUGCUGACAAAAAGAGGAAAAUGGCUUCUUGUGAUAAAUCUUUGAAUUUUAGUCCAAAUUCUUCUCAAGCUGCAGAGGACAUAGAUGAUAUGGACUCCAGGGAAGUAAAUGAUGCAGAUGUGGUUUGCAGUGAGGCAAAGAGAUCAAGAGCGUUAGAGCCUUCUACCCCAAAGAGUACUUCUAAGAAAGGGAGAAAAUCUCUGUUUGGAAAAACAAACUGUUCGUAUCCAAAAGAAACUGCUCCAGUGGACAAUGGUACUCUGCUGUUUAAUUCAAGCAAAGGAUCCACUUCAGAAGCAGCCUGGCACUGCAGUCUUUGUACUUACUGUAAUAGUUCCUUGCUACCUUACUGUGAAAUAUGUGAAUCUCCCCGGGAACAAAAAAGUAAACAGAACAAAAGUCAAAUGAGCAGCUCUGUCCAGAGCAAAAAUGAAACUGUAGCUCCAGGCACUAGAAGCCUUAAUGAUGGUCAAAGCUUAGGACUACUGACUGGUGAAAUCAAGGAAGGAGCAGCCAUUGCUGAAGAGAAGCAAUCCAAUCAUUCUGAGCAAGGGCUCAGAGGAGAUAAUCUAGAAGAUUCACAUUCCUAUUCAGUGUAUAAUGAUUUCCUGUUCUGUGCAAGUAGGAACACUGAUAGAAUCCACAUCUAUACAAAG